GUAUCCAUCGAAGUUCAGCCCAUUUGGUUAAUUCAAUAGCUACUCGCAUGAUGUGAUACACCCUGGUAUGAGCGCUUCGUAAAGACCGCUGCCUGGUUCAAUGCUGGUCUCGAUCCUUGCGAUGUCUUCGCAGCAUUAGCCCGCGCUACAGCACGUAUUGAUGUGUGGCGAAGCCAUUAUCCUCGUCCGGUAACACUUCCUAUCACAAGAAUGACCCACUGUAACGGAUGAGCAAUAUCCGCCCAAAAAUAGUCGUGACUUACCGUGGUGCAUCGCUGAGAUACAGUCGGGAGUUGCGAGGGUCGCCGUUAAGGAAAAGUUGUGUGCUUCUACUACCACCGCAGACGUCCUAUCACGCUCGUACCAAAAGAAGCCAACAUGGUGAAUCUCGAGAUUCGAAAACAAGUAUGUGUGACGUCUGAUGGUCCGCAACCUGUUACGAGAAGCCAUCGCAGCGGCGACAAACACAACCAAGUCCACAGUUAUGUAUCGACACCUCAAGAGCCGCGGCGUGGCAAAUCACUGGCAUUUCAUAUGUCGUUCCUCUCCCUUUUGAUCAUGGGUUUCAUCUGCGCUCUUGAUGCCACGGUACUUGGUGUCGCAAUUCCUUCCAUAGUUCAUGAGCUCGACGGGUCAACCCUGGAAGGCUUCUGGGCCAGCAUAUCCUUCUUACUGGCGGUAGUCAUCGUCCAACCACUCUACACCAGUGUCUCCAAUGUCAUGGGUCGCAAAAUGCCCUUGUACAUCUCGUACAUAUUCUUCAUCGCCGGGUCCAUUGUUUUCGGCCUAAGUCGAAGCAUGGCUGUGCUGAUUGCAGGCCGAACACUGCAAGGCUUUGGUGCUGGCGGCUUAGACGUCCUCAACGAGAUCAUCCUGGCUGAUAUCACGACGUUGAAAGAACGACCAAUGUACCUCGGAUACUUCUCGAUACCCAUGUUGGCAGGCACUGUCCUUGGUCCUGUUCUUGGUGGUGUGUUCAGUCAGAAUGUCACAUGGAGGUGGAUCGGUUGGAUCAACCUACCAUUGUCCACCAUCGGACUAGUAUUGGCGAUUAUCUUCAUGAGGCUGAAGACAAUUGACCAGCCACUACGUGUGAAGCUACGUCGCUUGGAUUGGAUUGGAAUCGUCCUGUUCACUAUCGGCUGCACGUUGUUCGCCUCACCAAUUGCAUGGGCCGGUGGCAUGUUUCCAUGGUCUUCAUACAAAACUCUUGUCCCUCUUAUACUAGGGUUGAUUGUGUUGAUCGCAUUUCUGCAUUACGAGAAAACGCCCAUCGAGCCAGUCCUACCAUACCGGAUGUUCAGCGACCGCACCGCGUCCCUCACAUUGCUUGCAGCCUUUCUGCACGGCGUUGUAAAUUACAGCAUCACUCUAUAUAUCCCGUUGUUCUUCCAAGCCGUAUACCUUAAAGGGCCAUUGCCAGCAGCUGUCUUGACUUUGCCAGUCUGCUUUCUAGCUAUUGCCACGGCAGUUGCGUCUGCAGUCGCAGUCGAAAUCAUGCGCAAGUACAAACUCAUGAUAAUCAUCAGCUGGAUCUUUAUGGCCGUGGGUGCAGGUGUUCUUACACUUUUGGAUCGUUCCUCCACAUUGGCAGAGAUGGAGUCAUUCCAGGUGCUUCUUGGUAUCGGUAUCGGCCCUUUUUGGUCUGUACUGAACCUGCCGCUCCAGGCCAGUGUGCCUGUCGAUGACAUGGGUUUUGCGGCCGGCAUCUUGUGUUCUUUCCGCCUCUUUGGUGGUCUCAUAGGACUGUCUAUAUCGUCAACCAUCUUCAACUCGAUCUUCGCCAACAACAUCGCAAGCUUGCAGCCACUACCUGGCCAGCUGGCUGCGCUCCAUGAUGUGAGAGAAGCGGUCGGCUUUGUGACGCUCUUGAGGCGUGUUGAGGUGCCGGCGGAUGUACUGGGCAGGGUCAUUGAGGCUUACAGGAAAUCUAUCUUCGGGGUCUUGUGGAUGGUGACCGCUACUGCUGUGGUUGGAUUCAUCGUUUCUUGGUUUAUCAAAGACAAACCAUUAGAUCAGGAAGAGCAAGGGAAGCAGCAUCUUGAGGAGAGGAAGCAAGAUUCUGGCCAUGUAUAGUAAGUCUGAGAGAGAGCUUUCGUCUUUGCUGGCUGGACUAUUUCGUUGGACUUCUGCAGAUGUGCCUUCACCCAAGCGUGUUAAAACAAGCUAGCAUACAAGAGGAUCCGACCAGAUGUGAAGCAGACAUAACUGUAGAAGCCAACAAUUUGAUUCUUUAUGCACCUGUGAUGGAGCGAACAUAGAUGGCAAGGCUUGCAUUCGUUUGUAGGAGUGGCAGUGCGGUAGGAGGUGUUGACGGUACCUA